GGGGAUGUAGUCAUAUCCUAUAUUAAUCCUCAUGAAUCAUUACAAAACAGUAUUUUUUACAAAUGUUGUCAGACGUGAAUUAAUUUUGUAGGAAAGCAACAGUAGACUACACCUGUAAAUCUAAAUCAUUGAUAUGUUUUCAUUGUGUGGUAGUGGAAAUGUUGAAGACGGUAACUCGAUAACGUUAAGUCAUCAUGAAGCAGGGCGCUAUGCUCAUUUAAUGGAUGGAGGUAUAAGACGUGGCAGUACUGACUCGUGUACUCAUUUGAUACCUCUAAGAAACAGAAGUUCCAAUACAGAUAGCAUUUCUUCGGAAGCAAAACAAUCAUGUGGAUCAUUUCGAGGAAAAUUUACAGGUUGGAAUGGACGUGUCUGCUUCGCCAUAUUUAUUGGAAUGGUUUUGUUGGCUUCGACCGGUGUUAUUGUAAUGGCAAUGAUGUCACCUGUAAAUCAAGAUUAUGGACUAAUGUGUCUGAAGAAGUCUGAUUUGGAAGACAUACAAUUUUCCGACGAUGACAAUCGAAAAGAAAAGUUAAAUAAAGUAGUAAAGGAUGGACAAUUUAUGUAUUGUACUAAGUCUCCGAAUCAAAUGGAAAUAUUUUUGAAUGCGGUUAUUAAUAAGACAAAAACAUUUGGAUAUGAAGAUAUGAAUGACUUGCCAAGCAAGCUGUUUAAUGAUAAAGUUGUUAGCGCACAUGUUUUAAUUUCUGGUUUCAAGACACCGAUAAACACAGCUAUACCUAAUCUAGUCAAACUGUCAACCGAGAACUCAUUAACCCACCUAAAUGGCGUAGGACUGGGACCUUAUCGACUGAUCAUCAGAACCAAGGGGACUUAUUUUGUAUAUAGCAAGAUCAAGUUUGAGAUUAACCGCAGAAUCAAUUAUCACGCGACAGAUGACCAAGUUAAAAUGUACCAUAAGGUUGUGUGGAAUAGACGAACACCCAAAGAUGACGGCAAAGACGAACUUCUUUUAAACGAACAUACAGACAUUUUGGACCAUAAAAAGCUUGACUUUUCCAGUUAUGUAUCUGGAAUUUUUCAGCUGGACGAAGGUGAUGAAAUUGGAGUGACAGUGACAAAUCUCGAUUAUAUAUCUCGCAUUAAAAAGAAAAAUUUUGUUGGACUGUUUAUACUUGGUAAAACUCAAUGAACGAAAUAAUUCAUACCAUAGGAGUAUUAUAUUUGAUUGUACGGACUAAGAUAUUAAUUUUAUUUUCAUAAUAAAUGAUAUUACCACUUUUCUUAGUCUAUUGUAUUAACUCUAUUGUAAGAACUCCUUCAGUUGGAAAACAAAAAUGUUAUUAAAUUGUCCCAGAACUGAUUGUUUCAAAGUUUUAUAAGAUGUUUUCGAAUAAUUUUACAUAAAUUAUUUUGAGUUAUUUUAUUUUUUAUCGUAACUUUCAUUAUUUCCUUAUUAUAUUAAAUAAAUCAUAAUUAGUCUGGACCGUUUGUUGAUCACGUAGAAAUAUAAUCUUUUUUGAGCAGAGUAUACCAUCAAUAUGUAAUUUUUUGUGUGCUCAGUUUGUACAA